AUGGCAGAUGUAGUUUUUAAAGCUACUUACCACUCCUUUACACCUAAGGCAGUAAAUUGGGGAGCGGUAAUAAAGGAACUGGGAUUUAAGGACGAACAAGCGGCUAAGAAGGCUUUUUACGAUCUAUGCGAGCGUCAAAGGUGGUUCGUGGUGGAAGAAACUACAGCGGAAGGGUCCCAGCCGGGGACCUCCAAUACUCCCCCAAAGCCAAUUAAUCGUCAGAGUAAAACAAUACCUAAUAAGCGGAGGAGAUACAACACUAGAAGUAGUGCCAAGGACGAAGCUGAGGCGGAGCUUGACGAUACGGGGCCGAUAGAAAGAUCGGGGGAGUCGUCAAAUUUUGACGACCUUUUUGACAUAUACACAGCUUCUAACGAAGCCCAAUUCAGCUUCAGUCAAGAGUUGUGAAUGAUAAGGAAAUUUAGGUAUAUCAGGGGUUUACUGUCAAGUUAAAAAGCUAGGCGUUACGAGAUCUCCGCAAUAAACUGC